UCCUGAUACGCCUUGGAUCGAGUGCUUUGUUAGUGAGACAUCAAAGUUUGUCUAACCCACAUCCAGCCUUGCUGCAGGAAGUUUUGUCUGUGUUUGUUUGCAUGGGUGUGAGUUUCUGUGGUAAUUCAGCUGCUCUCAACUUGUCCAGAAUUCCCUGGCCCUGCUCUUCCAUCCGGCUACAAUCAAGACAGUGUCAUGGCAGCACAUGCGGAUAAUUCAGUCCCUCAUGUGCCAGGGAGAGCACAGGCGAGCCCUCAGGUACAUCCAGAUGAUGAAGCCGUCGAUGUCCAGCAGCAGUGAAGUGCGGCUGUUCCUCACCGUGUUGUUGUCCAACAGGAAUAGCAUCACUGUGGGGCAUCUCUCUGGCUCCAGUGUUCCCAUUCCUUUCCAUGUCCAAAACCUGAACUGCAGGUGCAUGGUGGAGGCUUGGAGUCUGCUGCAGCAGCACACCACGAAGUUAAACAUAGAAGAGCUGCUAAAGCACAUGUAUGAAAUCUGUCAGGAGAUGGGGCUCAUGGAGGAUUUGCUGAAGCUGCCCUUCACAGACACAGAGAAAGAGUGUUUGGAGAAGUUUUUACAGGCCAAAUCUGGUGUUCAGAACCGUGAAUUCCUCUUAGUCCACCAUCUGCAGCGUGCCAACUACAUCCCUGCACUCCAGCUGAAUCAGUCCAUGAAGGCCAGUCUGACGAAUGAUCGUGAUCCUCGCUUGAGAGAGAGAGCAGUUGCCAGAAAUUCUCUGUUAGACCAAUAUGGCAAGAUCCUUCCCACAGUUCAAAGGAAGCUGGCAGUAGAGCGAGCCAAGCCGUACCGUUUGCCUUUGUCGGUCUUAAGAGAAGUCCCAAGGCCAAAGCCUUUAUCCACAGCAACAAGGCAAACUAAUGCAGGAAAUGUACAUACAGGAACAAGUUUCAUUGCUAAAGUACUGUCCAGACUUAAAGAAGCAUGGCUAGGAAACAAGAAAACCAGUUUCUCAGAAUAUUAUAAGUUGCUGGAUUUGGUGGUUCGUCCUGUUUCUUCCUGCACUGUGGCACAAGAGGAGAGCCGGCAGUCUCCGUGCAGGGCUUCUACUUCUUCUGUGACAUCCAGCCCCCUGAGAUCAAAUACACAUCGCUCCAGCUCCCAAAAGAAUCUGCGAAGGGCAUCAGAAUUGAAUUUACUGGAAACUCCUCUUGUGGUCAAGGUUAUUGAAGACAGUGCGGUGACAGCAUAAACUUGAGAAGCAGCACCUAAAACACCACCUUAUAGUGAACUACAUCCAUAAAGCAUUCUUAAUACAGCUAUGAUACUAUAAAGCAUCAAUUUGUAAGUGAUUUGCCUCAGAAUACUAAAGGGGAAGGUGAUGCAGCUGAGGGAGAUAGAGACUUCCAUGACCUUUAUGUAUUUCAGAGUAAUUUUCAUUGUUUUUACAAGUUCUACUGAUAGAACAAAAAAAAGCCUCUACACAGAAACAAAAUUUAAUGUAUUCAAACUCCUGAAAAUCAUGAAGGCUGCCUUUCAAAUAUUCCUGUGACUCAAUUCUUCCAUUGCCCACAAAUACAAACCCAGAAAUCAGACAGCAGGACAAGACACUCUCAUAAUUCUUAUAGUAACGGCAAAAACCAGGCUCAUCAACCACAGUAGCGAGUAGUGUGAAACAUGCCAGUGCACCCAGAACCUGGAUCACAUCAGGUCAGAUUCCAAAAACAAUCAACAGAACAAGCCUCCUUCUCUACAGAAGCAAAAGCACAAUACAGUUCAUGACUACUUACCUAACUACAGAAAG